AUGCGGUUGCUGUUCGAGGAAUGCCAGACCUGCUUUGAAGCCAUUUCGCGCAACUCGUUCUACAUGGGCGACGUGGGCAAUGCCACCAAGAUGAAUCUGGUCCUGCAGAUGAUCUCCGGCGUGAUGCUGGCCGGUAUUGCCGAGGGGCUGGCGCUGGCCGAUCAAGCGGGUCUUCAACAGAAGGAUGUCCUGGAAGUGCUGGAACUGACAAGCAUGUCGUCAGAGCUGGAACUGAAGCACAUGCAGAAGGACCUCAAGCUGGCGCUGAACAUGGCCGAAGGUCUGGAGCACCCCCUGCCCAUCACGGCCGCCUCCAACGAGGUGUACAAGCACGCGAAACGCCUCGGCUACGGUUCCCACGAUUCCAGCGCAGUUUACGUGCGGGCAAGGUUUUAA